AUGGGCGUCCCUGUCCAAAAAGACACGGUGUGGAUUUGGUUCUUCACGUUAUUGUGUUUAUCAGGCUUCUGCGUGGCACAGAUAUCUUACUCCGUGUCAGAGGAAGUCGAAAAAGGAACAUUUGUUGGAAAUAUCGCAAAGGAUUUAAACGUUAAUGUACCUGAACUGGAGUCGCGGGGACUGCGGAUUGUAUCGACACAUAAUAAGAGGUAUUUUGAUGUAAAUCUGAAGACGGGAGUGCUAUAUGUGAGUGAGAGAAUCGACAGAGAGGAACUCUGUAGUAAUGCACCAAAGUGUUUAGUAAAUAUAGAAGUAAUCUUAAAUAAUCCUCUGCAUCUCCACAGAAUCGAGGUGAUCAUUUUAGAUUUAAAUGACAAUGCACCGUUUUUCCAUAAAAUGUCAUUCGAUAUUAAUAUCACGGAGUCUGCAUAUACUGGGGAAAAAUUCCCGUUACCGGCAGCAAAAGAUGCAGAUAUAGGGACCAACUCGGUGAAAAAUUACAAGCUGAGCCAGAAUGAACAUUUCUCCUUGGAUGUACAGAGCGGAGAACAGACGGUAUCAGCUGAGUUAGUGCUACAGAAAGCUUUAGACAGAGAGAAACAGCCUGUGAUCCGGUUAACUCUGACGGCAAUAGACGGAGGAAAACCUCCCCGAUCUGGAACGGCGAUUGUUGUCAUCAAUGUCGUGGAUGUGAAUGAUAACACUCCUGCAUUUAGCAAACAGCUUUAUAAGGUUCGUGUUUCAGAAAAUACUCCAACUGGGACGACACUGAUAAAACUUGAAGCUACAGAUUUAGAUGAGGGUAUAAAUGGUGAAAUUGUGUAUUCUCUGAUCGAGAGAGAUAGUUCAGCAUCAUCCGGUUUAUUCACAAUAGACAAAGACAGUGGUGAAAUUACAGUCCAGGGCAAUUUAGAUUAUGAAGAAAAUCCUGCGUUUGAAAUUCGUGCGCAAGCCAGUGAUCGCGGUCAUUCGCCCCGUAGCACACACUGUAAAGUCCUAGUCGAGGUCAUUGACGUUAAUGAUAAUACACCAGUAAUUUCACUAACAUCUUUUAUGAAUACAGUUAGAGAGGAUUCUGCUUCAGGAUCAGUAAUUGCUUUAGUCACGGUCACAGAUCUAGACAACGGAAAAAACGGUGUUGCUAAAGUAUAUAUAUCGGGUUCUGAAAAGUUUAAGCUGAAAUCUUCAUAUAAAAAUUAUUAUUCCUUAGUUGUCGAUGGUUCGUUAGACAGAGAAAGUGUGUCACAAUAUAAUAUCACUAUAACAGCUACUGAUGAAGGGACUCCUUCUCUCUCCAGCACCACUCUCAUUACUGUACACGUCUCAGAUGUGAAUGAUAACGCGCCGCGUUUUCCAGACUCCAUCAUUAAUAUGUAUGUAAAAGAGAACAGUCAGGUUGGGGCUGUAAUUCAUACAGUAUCUGCUUUUGAUCCUGAUGUUGGUGAUAAUGCUAGAAUAUCAUAUUCAUUACUAGAAAACUCGAAAAACAGUCAUGCAAAAUCUAUGGUCAACAUAAACGCUGAUAGUGGAGAUAUUCAUAGUUUGCAGUCAUUUAAUUAUGAAGAAUUAAAAACAUUUCAGUUUAAAGUUCAGGCCACAGACUCUGGUGUUCCGCCACUGAACAGUAACGUGACUGUGAAUGUUUUUAUCCUGGAUGAGAAUGACAACAGUCCUGGGAUUCUCGCUCCCUAUUCUGAUCAUGGAUCUGUUCACUCUGAGAACAUUCCCUAUUCUGCUGAAGCGGGUUACUUUGUAGCCAAGAUUAGAGCUGUAGACCCAGAUUCUGGAUAUAACGCCCUGCUUUCUUAUCACAUCUCUGAACCCAAAGGAAACAACCUCUUCCGAAUCGGAACCAGCAGUGGAGAGAUCAGGACUAAGAGGAGAAUGAGUGACAAUGACCUGAAAACUCACCCACUGGUCAUUUUGGUUUCUGAUAAUGGAGAGCCCUCACUCUCAGCCACUGUGUCUGUUGAUGUUGUGGUUGUUGAGAGCACAAAUGACAUCAAGACUCAGUUGAAACACGCACCGAUAAAGGAGGACACUUUCUCGAAUUUAAACAUGUAUCUGUUGAUUGCCAUUGUGUCAGUUUCAGUGAUAUUUUUACUGACUCUGGUCAGUUUAAUGGCUGUAAAAUGCUGCAGGACAGACGGCAGUUUCAGCAGAUACAGUGCCCCAGUGAUCACCACACAUCCUGAUGGAAGCUGGUCUUACUCCAAAUCUACUCAACAGUAUGAUGUAUGUUUUAGCUCGGACACAAUGAAGAGUGAUGUAGUUGUUUUCCCUGCGUCAUUUCCACCUGCAGAUGCUGAAUUGAUCAGUAUAAAUGGAGAUGACACGUUUAACAAAACGCAGACACUUCCAAAUAAAAAGAAGGUAAGAUAA